AUGUUGGCCGCGGUGCAGACGAAGCGGUUCAAGUCGCUCGCGGGGACGCAGACCGUGGACCUCAGCGCGCUCGGAGGUACCAGCAUCGUCUGCGUCUUUGGCCGCAACGGCUGCGGGAAGAGCUGCCUCGUGGACGCCAUCGCCUUCGCCUUGGGCGCGCCGGCCAAGCAGCUCCGGGUCAUGCGUCUCGACGAGCUCAUCACGCACGGUGCGACCAAGCGCAGCACGUCUGUGGCGGCGACGCUCCAUGAUGGACUCUCGAUUCGGCGCAAAGUCGUCGAGGGCGCGGGCCAGUCGACGUACGCCAUGCGAACUGGCGACAGUGCAGUGUACGUCGCGUGCUCGGCCGACGCGGUCCGCAGCGCCUUGCAGAUGCGAGGAAUCAACAUGGCGGUUCAAGACCGAUUCAUCAUCCGACAGGCCAACACGAUCGCGGUCGCGCAGUACACGCCGCUGGAGCUCCUUGCCUUUUGCGAGCACAUCAUUGGCACGACCAGCUAUCGCCAGGAGAUUGAGGCUCUGCAAGGCAAGAUCGAUGGAGACACGGAUGCGCUCGCUGCGCUGGAGGCCGCGACGGUCGACUUGCAGACGCGCCAGGACCGGUUGCAGCCCUUGGUCGAUCAGUUUCUCGAAUGGACGCACGCUUGGGGACAUCUCGAGGACCGCCAAAUGGCGCUCGCAGCACAGGAGCAAGACGUGCUGCACACCCUUGUGACGCAUCUGGAGACCCACGAGAGUGACGCGCUCAAGCGACGCGCCGAGUUGACAGCGUCGGAUGCGAGCGACGCUGUUUCAGAAGGCGAGCUCCAAGGCAUGCUCGCGCAGCACGAGCGCGCGCUCGGGGACGCCAACGACCGCCGGCGUGUCUUGGCGCGAAAAAGAACGCAAGCCGCCUCUAAGCUCGCGCAGGUCCGCGCAGAUCUUGUCGUGCUCGCACGUGACGCAGACGCUGCGUCCACGGCGAGCGACCGAGUCGCCAAGAAGCUCCAAAGAGCCACCGCGUCCAAAGCUAAGUGCUUGCGAGACGUGGACGAUGCGGAGGCGGUGGUCAGCACACUGCGCGCCGAGCAGGCAGAGCUUCCCGAGGCAGCCGACACAACGAGCAGUGCUGCUGUAGUCGAGUGGGUUGAACGCAAAGCCGAGUGCCGCGCAGCACUCGACCGAUCGGUGGCGACGCUGGCGCGUCUUGAGGCGGAGAAGGCAGCCCUCACGGAAGCGCAGGAUCUGUCGCAGCGUGCAGUCGCCUCCACGAUCAAGGCGCUCCACGAAGCGGCCCUGCACCAGACAUACGUGGCCAAGAACCUGGCGGCUGCGCAAGAACGUCUGAGCCUCGCUCAAAACGAAUUGAUUAACAGCGACACUACACUGCGCACCCUCGAGCAUGAGCGGUGGCAGGUCCAAGAAGCCGCGCACGAAGCGUCAAGUGAUGGGUUUCGCCGCGCUGUCGCAGUGCUGCAGCGGCAACUCGGUGGCGAUGCUGUCUACGGUGUUCUCUGCGACCUCGCAACAGUUGAUCCGUGUCACGCGGCUGCCGUCAACAGCGUCCUCCAGCGGCACUUGAAGGUCGUUGUCGUGCGCUCGCGUGACGUUGGGCUUGCGAUCGUUGCGCACUUUCGCACAAACCGUCUCGGUCGGGUGACGUGCGCGAUCGUCGACGAGGUUGCUGGGUCGUGCGCGGACGACGCACCAGACGCUGUCUGCCGUCUCGUCGCUUGUGACGACGCCGUCCGACCCAUUUUUCACAAGUACUGUCAGUCGUGGAGCGUCGUGGCGACGUCGGAAGAGGCGCUGGCGCACCCGCGGACGAAGAAUGCCAACUACGUGACGCGGGAUGGCAAUUUGUUUCGAAGCGACGGCGAGAUCCGAGUGACGGCGCGCAACGGCGCAUCGGCAUGGCGCAUCCAGUCGAGUGCCGAGCGCGCGCCCGUCGCUUCCGACCCGCCGCUGCAGAAAGAACUUUGUCGGCUUGCUGGCCUCGUCAAUGCAGCACGCAAGACACGAUCGGUCCUCGAAGCCUCCCAAAUCUCGAUGCUCGCGGACGUGCAGCAAUUGGACUCGGCGUUGACAACAGCCAAGACGUCCGUGACGACACUCGAGCGCACGUUAGAAGGGCGACGCGCCGACGUUCUUCGCCACGAGAUGCAGCUGACGCGUCUCGGGCAAUUACUGAACGUUGCGCUCGUCGAUCGAGACCGCUGGACGCAAGCGUUGCGCCAACUCGACGCGAAGAUUUGCAUGGCAGCGCCCGACCACGCACUGAUUGAGCGCCGCCACGCCUGCGCCACGCGGCUUUUGCAGGCCGAGCGCCAUCAAGAGCACGUGGUCAGCGAGCUCGAGGCGCUGCCGCGAUGCAUUGCGGCCUUGGAAGCACAGCAGGUGCUUUGGAGCGACAAAUCGAGUGCGAUAGCGAGUCGAAAGGCGACGCUUCUCGAUCGGCUCGAGGCGUUGACGGUAGCCAUGGACGAGGCCGAAGCCUGUUGCGCUGCGCAGCGCACCGCCGCCGAAGCAUCCCGGAGCGCUCUCGCUGCGACGCGCGCUGAGAUGGACUGUCUGGCGCAGCGUCGAAAGACUUUGAACCAAGAACUUUCUCGUGUGCGUGCGAGCGUGGCGCAGAUUCGCGUUGACAUGGACACCUAUCGCCAUCGUCUCGGUCCGUGCGCAGAUCGCGAGGCGAGCAUGACGUUUCUGGAAGCAAAAGAGUCGUGGGCCGACGUCGUGGCGACGCGUACCCGUCUUUAUGAAACACGCCGGCUGCUCGAGCAGGAAAAGGCCACCAUGUCCAAGGAGGUCCUCAUUGAAGCAGCAGCCGUGCGUCACGAGCUGAUGGACACCGAGGAACGCGCCAAGAAUCUCGCCCAAGCGAUUGCGACGACGCUGAAAGCCCGCAACCACCUCAUGCACCAGCGCUACGUGACGCUUACGGAUGCACUCGCAACGCUCAACGUGCAUUUGCCUGAGAUGUAUCGGUCCCUUUGCGAGGAUGGCGACUGCUACCUCGGCUUCUCGCUCGACACGACCACGCUCUUUGGCGAAGGCAUUACGUUCCAUUGCAAACCCGACGAGCAGCAAUGGCGUCCGUUUGGUAGCCUCUCGGGCGGCCAACAAGUGCUCUGCGCACUCUCGCUGCUGCUGUCGUUCCAGGCAAGUUUUGUGUGCCCCGUCUUCAUCUGCGAUGAAAUCGACGCGGCGCUGGAUACGUACAACGUCGAGCGGCUCGGGAAGCUUCUGGUUGCGGCGGCGGCCAAGACGCAGUUUAUCGUUGUGUCGCACCGCGCCGAAAUGUGGAACCAGGCGCAUGCGUUGGUCGGCGUCUACAGCGUUGGUCGCGAGGGCAGCGCGAUCCUCCCAUGUCGCUUUCCUGCGCCGUAGUGUCGACGUCUUUAUGCUCAAUUAAGACUCAUUGAUGGGCCUCGGAAGAAUCAAAGGCGAGGGAGUGAUGUUGGU